AUGUCUUCCAAGACACCACAGCCUAGCAACCCCGCUACGACCAGCCAGGUCACCCCCGAAAGUACCGACAAGGACGGAGACAUCGCCAUGGGAGGUAUCGAAGACCCCAAGGAGAUUACCGUCACCGAAACUCUUAAAGUCGCCCUACCAGACCGAUUCACAGGCAACCGACAAGAGCUAGAAACUUUCCUGCUCCAAUUUGAGAUCUACUUCCAAUUCAACCAAGAUAAAUUCAACCAUGACGCCGACAAAAGCGUCUGGGCUGCCUCCUACCUCAGAGGAGAAGCCGUUAAGUGGAUCCAACCAUAA